AUGGAGGCACAGAAGCAGCCUGGUUUUACAGUUGCACUAGCAGAUCGACCAGUUUCAACCUCUUCUCUUCAGCCUGCGCAGGGUUCUUCAGAUCUUGGCCAAGGCAGUUCGAUUCCUCAACAGGAACAAGCGCUGCCCCAACCCGUGUACCUAAAAGCCCUCACCAUACCACUGUAUCCGCCCAUCCAGGCGGGAUGCUUUCAGCCAAACAGUCAGCUAGUGACUGGCAGGAACUGUGUAAAUCUAGACAGCAGUAACUUACCUGUAAUCCUGAAUCCACUUGUUCCUUCAGAAGGCACGGAUCAGCCUCAGUCAGUUUUUCAGAAACAACUUGGUCAAACUCUAACAUUGAACAUAGUGAGCGCUUUACCAGUUUUAUCAUCACCGAAUUCUUGUGUAAAUGCGCCUAUUGGAAGCCCAGGAAAAUCAAAAAAAGCUGGGAAAUAUAUUUGCAAACACUGUGGACGAGAUUGUUUGAAGCCAAGUGUCCUUGAGAAACAUAUUCGCUCUCACACAGGAGAGAGGCCCUUUCCAUGCACCACUUGCGGUAUUGCAUUUAAAACUCAAAGCAAUUUAUAUAAACACAGAAGAACUCAAACGCAUGUCAACAACACCAGGCUGCCCUCAGACUCUGACAACAGCGGCCUAUUGGAGCAAAAUGAGAAAUCAACAGAGAGCAUCACCUCACAUCAAGGCAGCAAACUACUUAGCAGCACCUGUGAAGACAAGGAGAUGCAGAGGAAACAAAUGAGUUCAGAGGCCAGUACAGUCACGGACACUAAGAAACUGCCGGCAACAAGCAAUUCAUCACUUGCUUCAGAAAAUCAAGAAUCAACAAACCAGUCCUUUACUCCAAAGGCUAAUCAGGGGGUUCCUGAAAGAGAACCUCGAAGUUUAUCAUCUCCAGGAGCUUCGCCAAACGGGCAGUGCCAGAGAAAAAAGAUACAGGAGCAAAGAACGCAAACUGCCAAUAAGCAUAUUCAGUUGCAAAGGCAGCAAGCAACCUCUUCGGAAAAGCAGUGGGAUUACAAGCCAUUUGACUGCAAGCUAAAGAAGUGUGAGAGCACUGACUCAGGGUAUCUGUCACGCUCUGACAGUACAGAACAACAGAUGGCAUCAUCCAGCCCGUUGCACAGUCUCUAUGAGUACAGCACAGAACUGGAAAAUGAAACUGCCUUCAGCAGCUUAAGGUGUACCUCCGGAAGCAAUGCAAAGCUAGAUGCAGCAGAGAAAGCUACAGCCUUGAUGCUAGAGAAAAAGAAGCUGGAAGAACACAUUGCAAAACUUAUUUCUCAUAACAAAAGUGUGGUGGAUGAUACCCAGUUAGACAACGUUAGGCCCAGAAAAACUGUCCUUUCUAAACAGGGAAGCAUUGAUCUGCCAAUGCCUUAUACAUACAAAGACUCCUUCCAUUUUGACAUCAGAACUUGUGAUGUAAAUAGGAAAAAGAACCUUUCCCUUUGUUCAGCAAAAUCUACCUUUGCACCCCUAGAAAAAUGCAAGCCCAUGUUUUUUCAUUCAGUCCCCACCCAGUUCUCCACAACGAUAGAUACGGUGCCGGUUACACGAAGCAACUCUCUGCCGUUUGUGGAAGGCACAAGAAUGGCACAUGACAAAGCAGGUUGCUCAAAACCACUUUCUCUUACUAAGCAGUCUGCAAAUGCAGGCACUGCUAGUUUGCUGCCUAGCAACAAUCUCGCUGCAAAUUCAGUGGAUUUUCCUAACAGCCAUCCCCGGGCUCUAGUCAGACAAGCAGCAGUGGAUGAUUUGCCACUAAGUAACGUGGUUGAUCAUCCUCCUCCAUUGGAGGAGUUGCAAAGGAGUAAAAAGCUUGGGGCUGGAGAAGUAAUCAGUGCUAAGAACAAGAAACACAAUCAAAGGAAGUUAAAGAUGUUCUCUCAAGAAAAAUGGCAAAUGUACGGAGAUGAAACAUUUAAGAAAAUCUACCAAAAAAUGAAGAGCAGUCAAAAUGCCAAGAAAAUUAAACAAAGGGGGAAUAAGAUUGCAGAUACUAGUAGCUUCACUCCUGAUUCAAAGGAAUCACUCAGCAGUACUGAAAUUACUGAGGAAAGAGGUGGCAGGAGCUCUGUAAGUGACAGUCUUUCCUCCCUUGUGGCAACAGGUUCAAACACUGGUAAAUCAGAAACCUGUACUAAUGGUAGUCAUAUUCUACAGAAUGCGUCCUCCGAGGAAACUGCAGGCAGUUUAACCUGUGUGAUGGAGACAUCACAUUCCAUAAACACUAGGGCACAUACUGUAAUGAGCAAAACUUCCCAAGACCUCAGUGGCAGUGACACAGAUACACACACAGCUGGCAACAGCACGUUACGAGCUCCAAGCAGUUGUGAGCUCAGGCUUCAAAAUCCUCAGUGUCAGCUGAACACUAACAGAAGGAGUGAUGACUGCUUGCCAGUAGAGAGUGGCAAAUGGGAAAAACCAAGCCCUGGGAAAGAAUCCAGUACAUUUGAAUCAGAGUGCAGAAGCACUUCAAACAAUGAUGGAAACUGUAGCAAGAAUAAGGAAACUGGCCCGCAUGCCCUGAUGCCCCCGUGGGUCCAUUGCACCAACAACAGAGGAGCUGCAGGGAAAUCCCGGAAUCUACCAUCAGAAAGAAAAAAGCUGAAACUGGAAGUGGAGAAGACUCAAAACAUUAUUUCAACGUCCUGUCCUAGUCCCAGUAGUGAAAACAAUGCAGUAAAUGAAGCGGAGAGAGUCUAUUGCACUACCGCUCAGUGUCUUUCCACAGCACCAGUGAAAUUCUCCAGUAAGGCAGAGGAGCAAAAAUUAAGCACAGGAAAUAAUGAAUCCACUGGAGGUACUGAGAAUGUGGAGUAUAUAAAAACAAUCAAACUCCCCACAAAAGUCCUUAAUUAUAGUGAUGUGAACCUUCUUUCCCAUUCAGCAGGUAUCUCAAAAGCUUCGUUCGUGGGAUUUUUAGGGCCUGAACUGAGGGGAAGUGACUGCAAUUCUUUUGCCUUGCAAAAUGCAACAGUUAAAGAUGUCAAAACAUGUCUUGUGAAAACAGGAGCAGAAGUAUCACUUUUCAAUGACAGUGCUGUUGACAUGCCUUCUAAAAUUCAUCAUCUGCAAUCUGGUCGUUUAACUCCAGUCCCACAACGAAAUGCCUUUUCUCCAAAAUAUAUCCUUAAAUUGCCGCAGGACAAGACAGCCUCGGAUGUGUCGCUUUCACUCAGAUCAGACCAGCAGAUUACACCUUGCACAUCUGUGACAGACACCUUAACCACCCCCCCCUGCUCUUCCAACAGCGGGUCACUCAGCUCUCAUUCUAAUAAUGUGUUAUGGUCGCCUUUAAGAUUUGAAGUGAGACAAAAGGCCAGCAAAGGAGAGCUACAAUGGAACAUACAUGCAAACUGGGAAACUCCAGUAUUUUCUUCACCAGUCCAUUCAGAAACAACAAAUAUCUUAACCACAGCAGAUAACACCUUUUAUAACCAAAACUUCAGGCAGCAGGAUAUUGUAAGAGAUGCUUGGAAAACCAAACAGAACAAAAAUAAGUUAAACUAUCAAAGGCAAACAGAAGAGAAGUGGAUGAGCAUAACUACUUCUUCUACACAGACCCCAAAGAAGAAAAUAUGCUUUACUUCCAUGUGUACAAGUGGUUUUUUCAUAUCGGCUGACGUCAAAGAAGAGAGGAAGGUUUUACAUCAUCUUUGCUCAGGAAGUGACUCUCUGAUAAUGAUGUCAGCUUCUAGCAAGGGUGCAGAAUCAACAGUCAUGGGACGAGACAGAGGUGGAAGUCCAUGCAUUCUUAAGGACAUUUCACCAACAUUGCAGGAUACACAGCAUUCCCAGAGCUCAACAGACAACCCCACUCAUUUUUGCCAUUCUUUUGGCACUUUUUAUUGCCACACUCUCACCACUGACUGUAAAGAAUUCCCACUGCUACCCCAGAAAAAUCUGACUUGCUACUCUGGAAGUUUCACAGUAUCAAGCACAAAGAGCACCUUCCCGUCGCUAAAUUCCGAACCUCGAUUAACUUGGUGUUGUUUAACGAGGAGCCUUCCUCUGCCUGCUGAGCAGAAGGGGAAUACAGACUCUGCUUAUUCCUCCAUGCACACCUGUGACAAGGAACCUAGCAAUGAAUGCACAUUGUCAAAAUACGAUAUUUCCAUUUUCAAAAUGAAAAAUAUUAGCAAGACUGUGGCAUAUGGCUUAACAAACAGGAGUUUAAAAACAUUGGUUUCAUCCUUUUCUAAAGGACAACAGGUGCAGGAGUUAAGCUCAGCAGCUCCUGGUGGUGCUUUCAAAAAUAUUUCAGAGCAAAAGAAGAAAACCGUAGUUUGCAAAAAGGAAAACUCAACAAAUAAACUCAAGAGGAGCCACAAGCAGAAGAAGAUUAAAUUCACCUCAAAAUGGUACAGAGGGAGGCACAUACAUCGACACGCUCAGUUGAAAAUUAACCGACUAAGCAAGCGGCACUGUUUUCCCAGUAGAACACUGGAUGCUUUGAAAAAAGGUUAUUCAUCACAACCCUGUAAAUUUAAUAAGAAGUGCCAUUCUCCUCAAUCAAAGGUACAAGAAAAUUACCUACACCAGCAAAAAGACACAUCUUGUUCCACCUCAGACAAGCCACUUUGCAGAAGAAAAAAAGAAGAAAAGAAUAACUCAGGAGUAUUUUUGCAUACUGAAAAUCUAAACCAUGUUAAACAAAAAGACAAAAUGGAUAAAAAAGACAUUUCUGGGCAAAUCAGGGAACACACAAGAACGAGCUUCUCUCUCCAGAACAUUACAGCUCCUCUGGAAAUAUCUAUGACAGCUCAUUCCUUUUCAUCCGCAGUUAAUACAGCCAUGCAGCAAGUGAACAGUGAUGUGGAAAUCUGCUGUUCAGUGACACAACCGCUUGUGCUUCAGCGAUCAGUUCCACGGGAGUCACAGCCAAACAUUCAGAGUGACUCAACGGCAUCUUCUUUUUCCUCUUGCCCUUCUCGUUUCACAAACACAGGCACAAACGACCAACUCGACAGCACAAACUCAGAGACUACUCGCCCUCUUUCCUUACAUCUAGAUGCAAGCCAGAAAAACCUACUAAAUGUAGAGUCAGAGAGUCAAAGAUUUGGUACAUUAGACCCGGUGAUCCAGGCCUCAGGAAGGGAGAAUCCUCCAACUGAAGAAAACACAUAUCCAUCUCCAAAAGAAAACUCAGCUGCCGGUUCCCAGCCUGGAUGUUCACGCUCACUCGGAUCAAAAGCAGAGUCUCUUCCCGAGUCAGUCACAAGGGCCAAAUUACCCGGUACAGAAUACACAGACCGGCCAAACUUUUCCCAAAAAAUCCUCGACUUUCACGGCAGUGCAGACAAGAACGGGACCCACCCGCAGCCCAGCAGCUACGGCAGGCCCCACGAAACAGUUACCACUACCUAUAAAAAGCCCGCGAUUGCUCCCAGGUCCCCUGAGUUCAACUCUUACUCCUCAACACCUUCCAAGACAUAUAAAAAGAGAGGCUUAGAGAUGAUGAGGAAGCAAACCAGGGUGGAGUAUGAUGACACUAGCAGCGAUGAUGAAGACAGGCUUGUUAUAGAAAUAUAG